CAGAUCCUCGCCGGAAGUGGAGUUCUUUCCCUAUUCUGACAAGAAGAAAGCCUGAAGAUUUGAACCUACGUGCUGUAAAACAGUUAUGAGGAAACUUAAACACAAAAAUAAAAAUCCAGUUAAAGUUUCCAAAGGUUGCAAGAAGCCUUCAGUGCAGAAUGGGAAGAAAGCUGCCUCCAAAGUGACCUCUGCUCCCCAGUUUGUUCAUUCCAAUGAUCAUGCCAGUCGGGAGGCUGAACUUAAGAAGAAGAGGGUUGAAGAGAUGAGGGUAAAGCAGCGGGCCGCCCGGGAACAAGAGAAAUACCGACGCAGGACCAUUGAGAGUUACUGCCAGGAUGUCAUGAGACGCCAGGAGGAGUUUGAGCGCAAGGAGGAAGUUAUGCAGGAAUUAAAUAUGUUUCCUCAGCUGGAUGAUGAGGCCACAAGGAAGGCAUAUUACAAAGAGUUCCGUAAAGUGGUGACAUACUCUGAUGUGAUUCUGGAAGUCCUGGAUGCCAGAGACCCCUUGGGUUGCCGGUGUUUUCAAAUGGAGGAAGCUGUCUUGCAGGCAGAAGGCAACAAAAAACUGGUCCUAGUCUUGAACAAGAUUGAUCUGGUCCCCAAGGAAGUUGUGGAGAAGUGGCUAGAAUACCUUCAAAAUGAGCUACCAACGGUGGCCUUCAAGGCCAGUACCCAGCAUCAGGUCAAAAACCUGAAUCGUUGCAGUGUACCUGUGGAGCAGGCCUCUGAGUCACUGCUGAAAAGCAAAGCUUGCUUUGGAGCUGAAAAUCUCAUGAGAGUCCUGGGGAACUAUUGCCGUCUUGGGGAAGUGCGCACCCAUAUCCGUGUGGGUGUUGUUGGCCUUCCCAAUGUUGGGAAGAGCAGCCUGAUCAAUAGUUUGAAACGCAGUCGUGCAUGCAGCGUGGGAGCUGUUCCUGGGGUUACCAAGUUUAUGCAGGAAGUAUACCUGGACAAGUUCAUCAGGCUACUAGAUGCCCCAGGCAUUGUUCCAGGACCGAGUUCAGAGGUGGGCACCAUCCUGCGCAAUUGCAUCCAAGUGCAGAAGCUUGCAGACCCUGUGACCCCAGUAGAGACCAUCUUGCAGCGCUGCAACCUGGAUGAGAUUUCCAACUACUAUGGCAUCUCUGGGUUCCAGACCACACAGCACUUUCUGACUGCAGUGGCCCACCGCUUGGGGAAGAAGAAGAAGGGAGGCAUAUACAGUUUGGAGCAGGCAGCCAAAGCUGUCUUGGCUGACUGGGUGAGUGGGAAGAUCAGCUUCUACACACCUCCACCUGCCACCCACACUCUGCCCUCCCAUCUCAGUGCUGAGAUUGUUAAGGAGAUGACUGAGGUCUUCGACAUUGAGGAUACGGAACAGGCCAAUGAAGACACCAUGGAAUGCUUAGCCACUGGAGAGUCUGAUGAACUGUUGGAUGACAUUGACCCACUCGAAAUGGAUAUCAAGUGGCUCCAUUCGCCUCUGGCAGGUGGUGCAGAAAAUAAAACCAACAUGUAUAAGAUUGGAGAGCUCACUGGAUAUUGUACCAGUUCAAAUCAUCAGAAGGGGUGGCCUAAGCGCAAUGUGGACUACUACCCUGGGAAUAAUGACACAGUGGAUAUCUGCACAGUGGAUCGCCGCCCAGUGCUGCAGAGGAUCAUGGAUACAGAUCCCCUGCAGCAGGGCCAGGCCCUGGCAUCUGCUUUGAAGAAUAAGAAGAAGAUGCAGAAGCGUUCAGAUAAACUCGCCAGCAAGCUGUCUGAUUCCAUGAUGUCUGCUCUCGACCUCUCUGGCAAUGCAGAUGACAGUGCUGAUGACUGAUCAACUGAUUGACUGUCUCCGCUCUCAGCACCAGUUCCAGAGAGGAUGGGGAAAUACAGAUGAAAUUAAAUGGUUUGCAUCACCCUGAGGGAACUUAUUUGCUUAUUGUUUUCCCUGCGAAAUAUUAAAAGAAAACUAUCCUUCUGCUUCUCUCCAUUGUCUAAGAAGAAAGUUCCACUUGCAGUAACUGGCAACCCUUUAUUUAACCCUUGCUCUACUCUAACAGAGAAAUAAAUGAUCAGUAAAUCCC